AUGUUAUCGGGCGUGCGGGUGUGUACGCCCGCCACAGCUCUCUUUAGAUCAUUCUGUCAAGGCUGCCGCAGCAGGGCUAGUGGCUGUCAACGGCCUGGGCGAGCAAUGAGUUGGUCGCCCCGGCAGAUUAGUCAGUGGAACAGCGACGAAUCCUCCGACCCACCUCCGUCGGAAACUCCACGGGUUCUCAUCACAGGUGGUCUUGGACAGCUUGGCGUAGGAUUGGCACGAAUGCUGAGGCAGCAGUACGGGACAGAAAACGUGAUCCUGUCGGACAUCAAGAAGCCUCCCACAGAAGUGUUUAAGAGUGGUCCAUUUGUGUAUGCGGAUGUGCUGGACUUUAAGAACCUGAGGGAGCUGGUGGUUAACAAUCGUAUCACCUGGCUUGUGCAUUACAGCGCUCUACUCAGUGCUGUUGGGGAAGCAAAUGUGAGCCUGGCCCGCACCAUUAACAUCACAGGUCUUCAUAACGUGCUGGACCUAGCCCUGGAGAAUUGUUUGCGUCUCUUUGUUCCCAGCACCAUUGGUGCAUUCGGACCCUCAUCACCUCGAGACCCUGCACCUGACCUCUGUGUACAGAGGCCACGAACCAUAUACGGAGUGUCUAAAGUCCAUGGAGAGUUGAUGGGGGAGUACCUCCACCACAAGUAUGGCUUGGAUUUCCGUUGCUUACGAUACCCUGGCAUCAUCUCAGUCAACACCAAACCAGGAGGUGGAACAACAGACUACGCCGUUCAGAUAUUUCAUGAUGCUCUCAGCACCGGUCACCACGAGUGCUAUUUGCGUCCGGACACACGACUUCCCAUGAUGCACAUUGCUGACUGUCAUCGGGCUACAAUAGAGUUUAUGCAGGCACCAGAGUAUCAGCUGUCGCUGCGCACCUACAACAUUUCUGCCAUGAGCUUCACCCCCGAGGAGUUGGUAGAAGAGAUCCGUAAACACCUCCCCCACCUGAAAGUUACCUACAACCCUGACCCAGUCCGUCAAAACAUCGCGGAUAGUUGGCCUGUGAGGUUUGAUGACUCCAAUGCACGGAGAGACUGGGGUUGGCAACCAGCAUAUGGACUUCCUGAGCUGGUCACAGACAUGCUCAACACCAUUCGUGAAAAGAGGACCAACGCUGGCCUGUCUACCAGCUAG